UUUGUAUUCAAUGAUUUAUCUCUCUAGAGUCCUGCAUAGUGUAUGGUGCUAAAUUAGUUUUUGUUUCAAGUAGCAAUGGCUCCUGUUCUUAAAUUCUAUCGAAGAGAUUGAGCAAUUUUUCCCCCGCUCUCUGGAGCCAGCUUUCUGUUUCAGAUAAACAGCAGCUUUAUUAUUAUCAUUAUUUGUCCGUGUAAGCUCUGGCGGUGUUAAAACAAAACUGACAAAGUGGAGCUGAUUUGAUUGACUGUGCAGUUGAUUUUCAUAUGUGCCUUUAAAAAUGAUAACAAAGCUGUAAAAUGAAACAUAUGCUUCGACAUUAUCAGGGCAAUUUUCCAAAACCCCAUGAAUAUUCAGUAAUGGUAAGGAACUGGCACACAGAAGACACACCUUUAUGUAUCUGAAUCACGUGCCCCGUGCAUGCAGAAAGGCUAAAACAUGUUGUUUAAUUACUUUUAAACUGGGAAUACAAAAAGGUGUUCAUCUAAAUGACGCUCGACCAACUUAGUGUUCAGGUGGUGCUGGGAGUAGAUAUAUGUUUUGAUCAGUCAUUGGAUGUGGGAGCCACCAGCAAGGGCAGCAACGAAUGUGUAUUCCUAACUUCAACUAAUGCAGUCUUCUGGAGGUAAUAUCCUCACAAUGCUGACCCCGAUCUCACCUUGUAGCCAUAGCGCAACUCUGCGCGGACUCCAGGUGUUGACAGGCUCCAUCUCCCGGAUCUGGAGCUGGUACAGGAACGACAACCCACCAGCGCGCCCGAACUCACGGCAACUUUCACCAAACUUCAGCCGUUUCCGCCUGCGUCGUCACCCACAGAAUGGACAUGGAGUGUCAGAGGAAAUAACAGAUAUUCCAGCACAGGAAAAGUCAGAAAUCACAUGGAUAGAAAAGGACUUUGCCUCUUUAUGUUGUAAGGAUGAAGAGAAUGUGAAAGAGAUCAACAUCACACAUCAUGUAAAAGAAGGGUCUGAGAAAGCUGAUCCUUCCCACUUUGAGCUCCUAAAGGUACUGGGCCAAGGAUCCUUUGGAAAGGUGUUUCUCGUGAGAAAGAUCAAGAUGCCAGAUGCGGGUCAACUCUAUGCCAUGAAGGUAUUAAAGAAAGCAACACUAAAAGUACGAGAUCGUGUACGUACUAAAUUGGAGCGAGAUAUCUUGGUGGAUGUAAAUCAUCCGUUCAUUGUGAAGCUGCAUUAUGCUUUUCAAACAGAAGGCAAGCUUUAUCUCAUCUUGGACUUCCUCAGAGGAGGUGAUCUAUUUACCCGGCUUUCUAAAGAGGUGAUGUUCACAGAAGAAGAUGUUAAGAUAUAUCUGGCAGAGUUGGCUUUAGCCUUGGAUCAUCUUCACAGUCUUGGAAUUAUCUACCGUGACCUGAAGCCAGAAAAUAUUCUAUUGGAUGAAGAAGGUCACAUCAAACUAACAGACUUUGGCCUGAGUAAGGAAGCUGUUGAUCAUGAGAAGAAGGCGUAUUCGUUUUGUGGAACUGUUGAAUACAUGGCUCCGGAGGUGGUUAAUCGGCGAGGCCAUACACACAGCGCUGACUGGUGGUCCUAUGGUGUUUUAAUGUUUGAAAUGCUUACUGGCUCUCUGCCAUUCCAAGGAAAAGACAGGAAGGACACCAUGACACUCAUUCUAAAGGCUAAAUUGGGGAUGCCUCAGUUCUUGAGCCCUGAAGCCCAAAGUUUAUUACGGGCACUUUUCAAGAGAAAUCCUGCCAACAGAUUAGGAGCUGGUGUGGAUGGUGUGGAGGAAAUCAAACGGCAUCCGUUCUUUGCAAAUAUUGAUUGGAAUAAACUCUAUCGAAGAGAACUGAAGCCACCAUUCAGACCUGCAGUGGCAAGGCCAGAUGAUACCUUUUAUUUUGACCCCGAGUUUACAGAACGAACACCCAAAGAUUCUCCUGGUGUACCUCCAAGUGCCAGUGCUCACAAAUUAUUCCGAGGCUUUAGUUUUGUGGCAACGGGAAUGGAGGAGGAAGAAGUGAAGACUGAACAUUCAAGUCUCGUCAUUCACCCAGUUUUGCAGCAACUGCAUGGAAACAACAUGAAUUUUGCCGAUGGUUAUGAGCUGAAAGAGGAUAUUGGUGUGGGUUCAUACUCUGUCUGUAAACGUUGCAUUCACAAGACCACAAAUAUGGAGUACGCUGUCAAGAUUGUUGAUAAGAGUAAGCGAGACCCCUCAGAGGAAGUUGAAAUUCUGUUGCGGUAUGGACAACAUCCAAACAUCAUCACACUAAAAGAUGUCUACAAUGACAGUAAGUACAUCUACCUUGUGACAGAGUUGAUGAGAGGAGGUGAACUGCUGGAUAAAAUAAUGCAGGAGAAGGGCUUCUCUGAACGGGAAGCGAGUGCUCUUCUCCACACAAUCACCAAAACAGUGGAAUACCUGCAUUCUCAGGGGGUGGUUCACAGAGACCUGAAGCCCAGUAAUAUCUUGUACGUAGAUGAAUCAAGUAAUCCAGAAUCUAUCCGAAUCUGCGAUUUUGGUUUUGCGAAGCAGCUUAGAGCUGACAAUGGUCUCCUCAUGACGCCGUGCUAUACAGCCAACUUUGUUGCCCCAGAGGUUCUCAAACGCCAAGGGUAUGAUGAAGGCUGUGAUAUUUGGAGUCUGGGCAUUUUGCUCUACACCAUGUUGGCUGGCUAUACCCCAUUUGCUAACGGCCCGGAUGACACGCCUAGUGAGAUUCUGGCCAGGAUUGGGAGUGGUCGCUACAGUCUGCAGGGUGGGAACUGGGACAAAGCCUCUUCUGCGGCAAAGGACCUUGUCUCCAAGAUGUUGCAUGUUGACCCACACCAGCGCCUCACGGCAAAACAAGUCCUGAAACACCAAUGGAUUGUGAACCGAGAUCAGCUACCAAAGAGCCAGCUUGCCCGGCAGGAUGUCAAGCUUGUUAAAGGGGCGAUGGCUGCCACGUUCUCCGCCUUGAGCAGCUCUCCACCAGCGCCGAAACUGGAGUCUGUGAAGGCAUCGACUUUGGCUCAACGCAGAGAACUUAAAAAACUGCCGUCCACAUCACUGUAAUUCAGAAUUGGCGCCUACAGCUCACUGCAAGUUUACAUCACUCGGGGUGGGGGGGAGAGAAAGCUGAAUUACGUGCACAGUCAUAAAGAGUGACCCUCCAAGAUGUGGGCAAUUCAUAAGAGUUUGGAGCUUUGCGAAUUCGUGGGGCAAUUUUGCAGAAGAUGAGAAAUAAAUAAAGGAAUGGAGCUGAGGGCACCUGCCUGCCAUCAUGUGAAGUAAUUUGCUUACAACUUUGAUACAGAAUUUUAAACAUCUUGCACUUUUUUUUGGUGAAAAGCAUCAUGAGCUGUAAGGAGGCUUUGAAUAUUUAUUGUGGAUUUUUAAUGCCUUGAAAGACAUGGGGGGCGGGGUGGGGAAGCAGGACUUUUUAAGGUGGCUAUCAGCAUGUUUGGGGUGCAAAUCAUGCACAGCAUAAUAGCUGGGUUGUUAUCAAGCCAAAGCUCAAGUUCAGAGAAUGUGGCAACAUUCCUCAGAGCUUUGAAGAUUUUAAACUAAUGAUUGUACUUAAAAGUUCAUCAUUGUUCAAGUCUUUCGUGUUGUGUUAUUCUUCUCUCCAAUGCCGUAACUAAAUAUUUGCAUCAUAAAUCAUGCCACCUGCAAUUAAAUGUGGUAAAAGCUUUAUUAUGUGCCCUGAAAAUCAGUUUAUAGCUGCUUCGACUUCUUUUUCCCAAUCCUAGGAUUAUUCAAACUCAAUGCACAGCAAAUGAAAAGCUGUAUUGUAAUAACUUAAUCAGCCACUGAAUCUACCCAAAUCCUUAGACUGCAUACGUAAAACAAGCAUCAGGAUGCUUAAAGGCAACAAGUCAGCUGUUUAAAACAUCUGCGGAACUCUAUACCGACAGGUUAUGACGCUGUUCAAGAGAGAUUUACCACUCAGUGUGGUACUUUCAAAUACCAUAAUUAUUUAUUAACCAUUUACUUAUCCCAUAGGCAGUGCUUGAAUUCUGCUUCUGGACAGAUUAGGUAUCCUGACAUUGCCAGUAUCUCUCUGAUUGUAUGCCUGAAUAUUGUCUCCAUCUGGAGUAACUGUAUUAAGUAUUGGCAGUACCGUCCUAGAGUGAUGUCUGACAGAACCUGGAGGUGAUUACAUUUUGGGCAGGGACUAGAACAGCAAUGUGUGCAUGUCCCAGCCAUAUGUGCAUAUGGAAUAAGUAUGUAUUGGUGUGAUUGUGUGACUGAGGAGUGAUAUAGCAGGACUGAUCUGAGCAUAUGGGAGUGUAAUUACUUGGAGUGAUAGUGCAUUUAACUGUGGUUGUACUAAGAUUGAUAGUAUAUUUGGAGUGUAUGUAACCAGUAUGAUUGGGGAUCCAGGGCAUGUCAGCAUCUGCAGUGUUUGUAUUCCAAUUAGAAUAGUUUUGGUAAUAAAGAUGAUAAAUAGUUAACUUAAUUGAAAUACUUUUCACUGUUUGGUCUUCGAUAGGAAGCUUUUAUCUAAUGGCAAAGCACCUAACUCUUCAAAUAGAAUAGUUCACUCCUCUCUUCCUAAGAUUAUGAUCCUAGGAGGCAUUAGCAUCAGUUAGACAGAUGGCAUGAUAAACUGAAGAUUCUGUUUGCAGUAGAUCAAGCAUAAAGCAUAUCAAUAUGUCAUAGCGUUAGGGUGCAGUCCAAACUGGGCUGAUCAUUUUAAGGCAGUGUAUACAAUGUAUGUAAACAUUUAUAUUGAACCUAAAAGCACAUUAGAUUGUUGGGUUCCAUGUAGUCUGAUUAUCUUAUUCUGUGAAAUAAUGUAUUUGUAUAUUUUCCAUAUACUGAACCACCAAAAGAGAGCCUAUACCUCCAACAUGUGUUUCCCUGAAGUGGAGAUGCACCUCUUCAGGGCAUUGUCAGUCUUAGAACUAACUUUAAUUGUUAUUUGAAGAAAAGAAAAUCUCCCAGGUGGUUGAUAUUCAAAGUGUUUUCAAGAGACUAUUAUUAAUAUGAUUGCACAAAGUGAAAAAUCCCAUGCAAAGUAAUUUUUAUACUAUUUGCAGUGUUAUUCUGUGGCUGCCAUGGUUAAAUAGCUCUGUUGUGUAGCUGUGACAUGUAUCUCACCAUAUAGUUUUCUGGCUGCAGGAUCAUUCAAUCUGUUUCACUUCGCAUUGCAGGAAUAAUCUUUUUGCUCCAUUGCUGCACAAUCUGAGAGUCUUUAAGUUUAAGAGAGAAUCAGAUUCAGUAAGAAGGAUAUUUCAUCAUUUCUCCAUUUCUGCCAAUGUCGCUGCAGUAUUUUCUUAAGAGCCAUGUAGAAAUUUGGUCAGUGCUGUAGAACUGGAAAUGAACUUCUCCAAAGUUGAAAUAUGAUAACAACCUUUGAGUUGUUUCAUGUGCCUCCACAAAUUCACGUGGGCAUCUCUUGGCAUAAAUUGCCUUUGUGUGUCUGACACAGUUUCUGCAUUAGAUGUGCAUCAAAUGCCACCAUUUUUCAUGCAGUGAUCAAAAUUGGUCAACAUUUUCCCAAGAGAGACCGUGCUUGCGUCUUCCCAGGGCAAAGCUUUGCCAAUGCUUAGCUGGACUGAGACUCCAUGAAGUUAAUUCCAAUGUUUACUCUUUAUCCUUCAUUACCCUACCUGACCAUACUAACUUCACACACACUUCUCCCAAUCUUCUGGCUCCCUGCGUUCAUUGGCACUUGCCUCUAAUUCUCAUUACCUUUUCAUUCCAACAGUUGUGGAUGCAACAUCUCGGAUAGCUAGAUCUCCAAAACCUUUGCCUUGCCAACCCCUGGCUUCCCCAGACACUCUCCUCUAUUGCCUCUUAUAUUCCUACAUCGCUAAUCUUCAACCAGUGGAUAAGGAGGCCCCUUGGGUCUGAUGGAGCCAAAUCUCAAAACCAUCCUCACUUUCCAUUCCCCACUGUAGAUCAGACUUCUAGUGCAGAUCCACGACUCUCUCAUCUCGACUCUAACAGCACUUCUGAUGCAGUUGAAGAAAAAUUACUUAGAGCCAUUGUGUAUGCUGAGAGGUGGUUCUGAUCCUGCAUUCCCUGGUGUUAAUGCUACAGAUAAUCAGUGGGGUUGAAUUUCAUUGCAUUUUGCAUUUCCUGUAUAAAUUAGCAUUAUUUUGCUUCCAGGUGGUUGUUUUUUUUCUGUUUGCUGAGUAGAACUUCAGAGGGUGGCGUGUGGAGUAAGCAAGGAGUAAUUUCUGCAACUUGCAAUUAACUUUAAUGUUCUCAUUAAAAUUAUGGGAUGAAAUUCAAAGAUUCAAAGGAUGUAACAUUUUCUAUCAUUUGAAAUGAAAUAUUGAUUUUGUAAUUUGUUCUUGUAAUUUUAAGUUUUGAAUAUCUCUGCUGCAUUAUCAGAGGUCUAUACUGCAUAACUGAAUAAACAGCAGAACUGCACUG